ACUGAACGAAAAAGAGCUGCUCGCAGCGGCACCACAUUGAAUAUCGCUACGCUCAUUGCCCGGACCGAGGAGUGUGCAGAGAGAGAGAGAGAGAGAGAGAGAGAGAGAGAGAGAGAGAGAGAGAGAGAAAGAGAGAGAGAGAGAGAGGAGGAGAGAAGGUAGAGGGAAUACAGUCGAGUUUUGGAUCCAACUGGAAAACUACCGAGUGCGCACGGCACGGCCACGCACCGACAGGAGGGCGCAUUUCAACGUUUUCCCCGUGCGCGCUCCCCCCCCCUCCCUCAACACCUCACUGCGAUCGGAUCGGGACCGGAGCCGAGAAUGGAGCUCCCUGCCGCCGGCGAGCACGUCUUCGCGGUGGAGGGCAUCGAGAAGAAGCGCAUUCGGAAGGGCAAGAUCGAGUACCUGGUCAAGUGGCGCGGCUGGUCUCCAAAGUACAACACAUGGGAGCCGGAGGAAAACAUCCUGGACCCGCGCCUCCUCGUCGCGUUUCAACACAGAGAGAGGCAGGAGCAGAUGUUGGGAUACCGAAAGCGGGGACCCAAACCAAAACAUCUUCUGCUUCAGGUGCCAUCGUUUGCUCGGAGAUCAAGCAUCCCAGGGAGCUUUGAGGAAACGGCCCAGGACGCAGAGGGUACCCUCAAGGCAGACCCCACCCAGACCCCGCGCUCCCAGCCCCAGCAGUACCAGCUGAACAGCAAAAAGCACCAUCAGUACCAACCCAGCAGCCAGGAGGUCCCCGCUGACGCUCUAAACAACAGCAAAAAGAAGUUCAUCUACCAGCUCAACAGCAAGAAGCACCACCACUACGAGCCCGACCCGCACAUGUACGACGCACAGGUCUCGAGGCUCAAGGAGGUGGUCAAAGUUCAGGAGCCGGCCAGCAAGCUGACGAACCCUGGGUGGACCUUACCUGUGGCCCUGCAGCAGAAAUGGAUCCGCAACAAAGACACUGGGUGCUUGAGCAAAGUCAAAGAGCUAGCGGUGGAGGUGAGGAAACCAGUUAAAGAGGCGCCGAGCGAGAACGCGCUCAAGCCCAACCCGAAGGAGGCCACUCUGCCUAGCGCCGUCAGCAGCAAAAUGAAGAUAAUCAAGAAUAAAAACAAGAACGGACGCAUCGUUAUUGUCAUGAGCAAAUAUAUGGACGGCAACAAGGUUCACGGAGCAAAGGACAAACACAGGGACUCUCCAAGGGAGGAGAAAACGCAAAGCGCCGAACCCUCCGACAGCAAUCCGGCAGCCAGGACCAAAAUGACCGAACUCCCGGAGAACGGGAUCCCCAAAGAGAUCUGCAAGGGCAGCUCCCUCUCUGUGGCGGAGCAUCCUCUGAAGUGCUCCCCCAAAGACAGACACUUUUCCAAACCGUCUCCGAGCACGGCCGAGGAAUACAACACCGAGGUGGCCCGCGGUCAGGCGGAUUUACCCGAAGACCUGCCCCUGCAGCUGACGGCCAGCUCCCCGCCGACGUCGUGGACCGCCGACACCACCAUCCCGACCCCUACGGCCGUCGACCAGAUCCGCAUCCCCUCCUUCCCCUGCGACCGCAAACGGAAGCUGUCGGAUCCCGUCGAGGACAGGAACGUUGGUAAGACCUACCUGGCGUCGAGGAGCUUGAGCGUGCCCGGCGCUUCGGUGGCGCCGCCUCAGGACAAACCCAUGGACCUCCACUGCGGCGCGACGCGCCCCAGCGGCACACGGCCGACUUACGGAGAGGACGGGAGCCAGGAGGAGCCGAUGGACCUCAGCUUCCCCAGAAACAGGAGGCAGCUCGAAGCGGAGGCCCCGCCGCAGGUGGAGGCGGAGCCUGCUGUUAAAGACACGCCUCCUGCGAAGGAGAACGCGCAGACCCCCUCGGAAAAAGCUCCAGAGGAGCCGGCGAAAAAAGUCUCCCCCUUCAUGGGGAACAUCAUCAUCACUGACAUCACGACGAACAGCCUCACCGUCACCUUUAAGGAAUACGUUGCUUUCUAAAAUGUGGGACUCCCGGCUCUUAUCGGCUGAUCCUGUGAAUAUGUUCAUAUGUAAAAACAAAAAAAGAAAGAAGAAAACACCAGAAUUUUGUACAUAUUGAAAUUUAUAAUUUAUAAGUCAAAUCCAGUAUGUUUCCUACGAGGUUUUAUACAGUUAACUCCUCUGUGAUGUUGUAGCCAAGAAAGUGCCCUCGACUAUUUGAGCGAACGCAUCACCCGGGUGGGGAUUCUCCCCCCGAAUACAAAAAAAUAAUCUUUUGUCUGAAGGAGUUUAAGGAGGGAACUAUCGCUGUUUUUCAUACUCGUACCAAACUUACGACCUGAGAUAUAUGAAGGUUUAUACAUGUUUCCUAUAACUAAUAUCUGUUCAUGCCGGUCGGAGAGAGAGCGUGUCUACGUGGACUGCGAUCGCAGGUCAAAUUUAAAGCACUUACUGCAUUUUCACACGUUUUUGCUUGUGUCAUCGCUUGUUGGAGAGACGGUCACAGAUUUUUUUGUUCUUUUGUUUUUAUUCUCUUGCUGUAAUAGACAGGAGACCUUAUUGUGGAUCGGCAUAUUUAGUCUUUGUGUUUUGUUUGUGGGUUGUUUAAAGAAAGCUUAAUAGCCGUGACAUGCAAAUCCAAAAGGCGGGUGUGUCAGAAUGCAGCGUGAUCACACGGUACUGUAUGUGUCUCCUGCCUUAGAGCGGUCUUGACUGAAGACUGAAACAGAUCACAUCCAGAAGUCCGAUCUGUCUAUGUUGCUUUUAGGGAAUGCUUUAGGAGUUCGAGCGAUUUGUAUGGAUCUUUUUGAAGUGAGGCUCGCGGAAGUGCCAGUAAUUAUAGGAAAAAGAUCAUUCAGAUGCAAGUUUGUAGGAAAGGGAAUGAACCACGUCGACGCUUCACCUGUAGCUUAUUUGAUCAACUUUAUUCAAACUGAACAAGUUUGUGUCAGUAGGAUACAAUAAGGAUGUACAAACUUUAUGCUGUUUCAGUGGUGCAGUUGGUAGCGCUGUUGCCUUUGCAGCAAGAAGGUCCUGGGGUCUGCCUGUUCUCCCUGUUCAUGCGUGGCAACUCCGCCUUCCUCUCACAGUCCAGAAACAUGAUUGUCUGUCUGUGUGUUGGCCUGUGAUGCACUGGCAACCUGUCCAGGGUGAACCCCCGCCUCUCGCCCUUUGACCGCUGGCGACAGGGACCAGCGCCUGCCGCGCAACCCUGCACAAAUAGGCGGGUAUAGAAACGGGUGUGUGGCGUUUUCCUCAGCUGUUAUCAGUCCUAAUCAGCUGCAACGAUUCAGUUGUGUUGGAUGCAAAUUGCAAAAAAAUGACCCAAGAAAGUACAAAAUAAGAGGAAGGUCAGUGAGCCUAAAUAAGGCGGAGGGCCCCAAAUUAGGGUAUCAGACAGCGUUGGCCUCUCAGAAGAAUUUAGGUGCUGAAUUGUGCUAUUUGCAUGUCCUACUUUUCAAACUCAGAUUUGAUGGAAGAGGCAGCCCCAUACAAUGAUGCUGCCACUUUAAAUCCAGCAAGAGUGGAGGAGACUUUUGAAAUCCUCCCUGCAGACUCGGGAUCAAACGAUGAAUCAGACUUUGACCUUUAGCGUACUGACACAGACAUUCUUCAGCUGUUUAUCUGCCACUUUAGCGUUGACAAACAUUCUGAGUUUGAUUUUGAUGUGAAUUGCUAAAAUAUGCGAAGAGCAGGGACGCCUCUGACUGUUAGCCUUCCACCACUUUAAGAUUUUUAUUCCCUUUUGAACAAACUUUCCGCAAUAUGACCUCUUUCCACUACCUGUAAGGGAACCAUUACUGUUACUUCCCCAGAACCUCACUUUAAAAAAAAAAAAAAGCCUGAACUAUCCCGUUACAUAUCAUCAACACACUCCAAAGCUCAGUUCUCCUAAAAGAAUUGGUGUCAUUUAAGAAAAGUGACUCUCCGUUACUCGAUUUUCACUAUAGCAAAGUUUGGUUUUAUACCUCAUGUAAUGCAAGAAGCUCAUCUCAUCCUUUUUAUCUGUCGAAGCUCACUAUACUGUUCUGAAAGCUGCCAGGGUUGGUAAUUACAGACUAAAAGGGACUUUCCCUGUCAAACCCCAUGAGUCCGAGCCAUUUUGAUUAUUCAUGCUGCUGAUGUUUAAAAGAAAAAAGCUGUUGGCUGUGAGCUACGGCAACGUUUCGAGUCCGAAUAGCCUUCCCUGCACAUUUUAUUGCAAAUCCAGUGAGAAUGCUAAAAUUAAAGGCUGUGUCGAUGAAAAAGAAGAGUGUGUAUUUAUUGCUAUUAAAGGUUUAGUUAAAAAAAAAAAAAGAGAACUCUGCUUACUGUGCUUUGUGUUCACCGGACGGUGUCAUCUCGAGAAAUUUUCCCGAGUCUUUUUGUUUUUCCUUUGAUUCGUCUAUGCACUCUCUUUUUUUUUUUUUUAAGUGGAAAAGAUCGUCCUAAGGUUUGCUCUUAUCGUCUGACCUGUUGGCUCAACGCCCUGGGAUGGUAUGUCUCACAAUAAAGACGGAGAUCUGACCUCUG